AUGACCCAUCAUAUUUCAGCCGGCUGUAGCCCAAACCUCUGUCAAGGUUGGGGAGUAUGUUUGCAAGGAGGCAUUUGCUCGUGUCCUUUCGGAUUUAGUGGAAACAACUGUGAAACUGGAACAUGUGACAUAUCAGGAGCCGUUACCGGAGUGAAAAUCAUUUCUCCCUCAGCAAAUGAUGGAAGUAAGAUUAUAUGUUAUACGCAGGGGGAUACCAUAUCCUCGUGUAAAACAAGAAUUUAUCUGGCUGUGGCAUCUGGUUCUAACCCAAAUAUAGAUGUUGAGACCACAAGUGAAUUGAAAAACAUCAUAACCAUUGGACCAGUUACUAAGUCGCCGAUUCUCCCAGGAAUUUCUACCAUGUAUUCGACAGAUGUUACUAUAAACGGAUCAGUGAACAGUACAAAGUUACAGUAUUUUUGUGUUCAUGCAUCAGUUGGGCCUUCCUGUAGUUGGUCAUCCACUAAUACUUCGGGCAGUUUUACAGGGUGUGAUAAGGAUGACAAGGAUAAUGAUGAAGCGGACCCCGACAGCAGCACAAAAUCUACUGACCCUUGUUGUGAAGAUGUAAUUUCUUCGAGUGCCGAUGUGACUGUAUACCAUGCACAUCCACGCGGACCUAGUUGUGUAACGGAAGCAUCAUUCAUAUUUGCAAGUGCUGGGGAGAAGGAUAUAUGUUUCCAGUCAGCUAAAACCGAUUUUCAGCAAGUAUGUUACAAAGUAGGCGUGUAUGAUUCAACAUCAGAUCCAUGUUCCAGUUCACCAUGUUUAAACAAUGGCCACUGCUUUCACGUCGAUCACAACAACUUUAAGUGUAUUUGUGCUGAUAAUUACACUGGUGAUAAGUGUGAGAAAGGUCCCUGUCAACCGGCAGAUAACAGGUGCCAGAACGGAGCUUAUUGCCAAACAAAUGAUGGAGUUGCCACUUGUUUAUGUAGAGCAGGAUAUUCUGGGCAGACUUGUAAUAUAGAUCCUUCGAGCUUACAUAAAUCAUCAGCUGAGUUCACAUAUACGGCAAAACCGUUGGUGUUCCCCUGUGUUAUACGUCAAACAUGCAGCAUUGCCUUGCUGCUUAAUGGACCACCUGGACACAUACCAACGGUUUCGCCGGGAUAUGUUGAUUUGUCAAUAUUAUUGGAGGAAUUAGUAACAGUGGACGAAACGCCAGUACAAAGUAGUUAUCAGACUAAUAUUAAAAUUAAACCAUUGGAGCUCGGUGUUAAAGAUAUGUGCAUUCAGACAUUGAACAUAACUGGGGUAAAUACAGACGAGCUCUGCUUUAAGAUGAACGUAAUAUCGGAUGUAAUCUCAAUAUACGGAUUUAAGGAUCGUCCACAUUUCAUGGAACCAAGUAUGCCUACCGAUACUGAGGUUGAGUGUCUGGCUGAAGGUCCCUGUCACGUGCUUUAUCACGUGACGCCUGGUAUCGGAAAUGAAAACGAAUGUGUGACAUUCAACCCUCAUCCGCCAGAUGGUUUUGUAAACUAUCAUCUGUUUUCUUCAUGUGACAACUGUAACCCUGGUGAUCCUAGUAAUGGCAACUGCACUGUCGACUUAUCCAUUGUAAACAGCAACGUUAACAUAGACGCUGUGCGACGUUUCUGCUUAUCUGUUGGCUUGAAAGGGUCAUCAGUUGUGGGAGAAAUGCGAUGUUUCAACAUGACAGUUAAAGAUCCAAGUGCAGUUCGAAAGGCAGGCUGCCAGAUUCUCGAAUGCAGAAAUGGAGGCUUCUGUGAUGGCCAUGCUCCAAGCCGGCCUGCAUGCUUUUGUCCAAAGGGAUUUUCAGGAACUAAUUGCGAAAAAGCUGAAGUUCUAAGUCCAACGACUAGUGCCCAAACUCAGACGUUGAUUGGAGAUUUAGCACUGCCGACAAAGUUGAAAUGUGUUGUUAACAAGUCCUGCUCGAUUCCGUUCCAAAUAGUUUCAAAACCAGGAGUAACGCCAACUGUUUCUCUUGGAUAUAACGACCUACGUCUUGUUGUUGAGACGCCAUCGUUGAAAGCGCUUGGUAAUUCCAGUACAGUGUUUGAAGGUCAUACAGUAGCUACGCCUACUACAGCUGGGAAUUUCAAAUUGUGUUUGCAAGCAAAUUUUAACAGUAAAACCGAGGACGAAAUGUGCGUGAUGGUUGAAGUGACAAGUAAGUAGUUUAAAAA